AUGGCAUCUCAAGCCCCAUCAGCACCACAAGUGGUAUCAGAACCUCACCUCCCACCACCACCAGCAGCACAGCCACCAACCGCCACAGCUGCCGCUCCCACCUCACCAGACAGCAUUCCCAGGCCUCCUCCAAAGCCGUAUGAAUCUGCUGCUGCCGCACCAGGCAGCAGCAGCACGGCCAGCGUUUCUGAGCCUUUUGUCCCGAAGCAGCCGGUUCGGGAGGACAUGGUUCGGCAGGCCGUGAGCUUCCUCUCCAACCCUAAGGUUCGGAGCUCCCCGGUUCGGUUCCGCCGAGCCUUCCUGGAGCGCAAGGGCAUGUCGGCAGAGGAAAUCGACGAGGCGUUCAGACGCUGCCCUGACCCUUCAACAGGGUCAGAGGACGUGGAGCAGCAGGCACAGGCGCAGCAGGCAUUUUCAUGGUCGAAGCUGGCGGUGGCUCUGGCUGUUGUGGGGGCAGGCACUGCCGGCACUGCUGCCGUUGCAAAGCGGCUCGUUCUCCCACGCCUCAAGACCUGGCUUCAGGAAACUGCAGCACAAGAAGCUUCCAAGAAAGGCAAGCGGCGGAGCAAGCAGGCUGCAAAGAAGAGCAGCAAGGGGAAGAAAGGAAGCAAACGACGAGCACAGGAAGCCAUGACUGCAGAGGUGCAGCAACUAAAGGCUGCCAACGUUGCUAAUGCUGCUGCUGGUUCUGGUGUCAGUGGUGGUGCUUCAGGUGCCGGAGUUGUGGGAGCAGCAGCGGCUGGCAUUGCUGCUGCAGGUUCAGACAUGCGUUCUGCCCUCGCAUCUCGCCAGCCCACCACCCAGCAGCAGCAGCGCAGUGACCCCCCCUACGCCCAGCCCUACUCGGCUCAGUCCUACUCGGCUCAGUCCUAUUCCCCCCAGCCCUACUCCGCCCAGCCGUGGCGCCCGUCUAGUGCCCCCGCACCCUCUUCGGCCUCUGCUGCUCUGGGCGCUGGAAGUAGCAGUGCGCUGACUGGUGGACCUAGUGCAGGUUCAGCUGGUGCAGGCUCAGGUGGAGCAGGGGCAGCUAACGGCCCUCCCCAUCCCAAGUCCUUUUACGAGGUGAUGGAGAUGGUGAAGCGAGGAGAAACACCCCCAGGCAUCAAGGACAUCAACGACAAGCCUCCCAAUCCGGAGCAGCCCCCCUCAGACUCCCGCCUGGCUCGCCCCCUCAAGCCAUACCAGCAGCAGCAGCAGCCGUUCGGCCACCCAUCUGCUUACAACCAUGGCGUCAUGGGUUCAGCUUAUGGUUCUACUAACGGGGGUGACUAUAACGGAGGGAUGGGCUACACUGGUGCUAGUGCUGGUGCACGUAACGGCGGCUCUGUGGAUGAUGCUCCCUGGUCCCGCCGCCCGCCUGCCACGUCAUCAUCCGCUGCUGCUGCUGACUCAGCAGCCGCAGCCGCUGCCUCUGGAAUGUUCUCCGAUUCUCCCAGUGGAGAAGCAUCAGGGGGUGCAGCGGCGGAGACAGCAGGGGAAACAACAGGAGGUAUCUCAGGUGGAGUCUCAGGUGGCUCAUCAGGUGUCCCAUCAGCUGCGGGGCCAUCAGGUGGAGGGGGAUGGAGGCCCCCAGCGCUGCUGAAGCCAGUGCUGCCAGAGGCAGCCACAGCCAUCCGCCAGUGGCCCGCUGCUAGAGCACCUAACUACUGGGGCGGCCCUUCCGCCUCCUCCCUUGCUGAUCCAUCCGACGUCGCAGGGUCGGCGCAUGCGACGAAUUCACUCGCACACAUCACGCGCUUCGCACGUGCGAGUCACGUCAAUGCCAGCAUCGUGUCGCCCGCAAUGUCAUUCGCUCACGCCUUCCCCCGUUAUCGCCUUCACAAUAUUUUCCGUCAUUUCCGGAUUUCUGUCAACCUCAAUGUGCUGCCUUUCCCCGCCGCUUUCGCUCCCUCUCCGACCGCCUCCCCUGCUCCGCCUUCCCCGCUACCCCGCUCUUGCUCCUUUCUCCGCGCAGCUUCCCUUUCCCGCGCGCGUUCCGCCGCCAGCGCCCCGCCGCCCUCCGCGCCACAUAGAAGCCCUUCCGCAACCCACCCGUCUCACGCGCAACACGCGCCGCUCCCCUUGCCCUUCCGCGCGGCAUGCAGCCCACAUUACGCAUCCCGGCGGGUAACCACGCGCGCAGCAGCCGCGGGGGUUGCGGGGGACAGGGGAGAGAGGGGCGCGAACGGGGAGCAGCACCGUGGAAUAAGCGCGGAAACUGGUCGUGGAGGAGAACCAAUUGCAGGUCUUGCUAUGCCCGUGGAUUUUGAGGAGUGUGAGCGCGAGCAGGCGGAGUGUGUGGUGGUGGGCGCGGGCGUGGUGGGGCUGGCAGUGGCGCGCGGUGGGGGAGCGGAAAGAGGAAGCAUCAUGCCCGUGGAUUUCGACUCAUCUGAGCGCGAGCAGGUGGAGUGUGUGGUGGUGGGCGCGGGCGUGGUGGGGCUGGCGGUGGCGCGCGCGCUGGCAGCGGCGGGGCGGGAGGUGGUGGUGGUGGAGGUGGGGGAGGGCGUGGGGGGCGGCAUCAGCUCGCGCAACAGCGAAGUGAUUCACGCGGGGCUGUACUACCCACAUGGAUCACUCAAGGCGCGGUUCUGUGUGGAGGGGCGGCGGCAGCUUUACGCUUUCUGUGAGGACAGGGGAGUGCCGCACCGCAGGGUCGGCAAGCUGGUGGUUGCCACGUCAGCAGACCAAGUGCUGCAACUGGAGAAGCUUAAGGCGAGUACAACUGCUCUGCAGUUCUGCCAUACCCGCAUGCUGCUGCCAUGCUGCAACAUUCAUCCUCUCCUCCCUACCCACGCGCAGGGCAACGGGGUGGAGGGGCUUCAGAUGCUGAGCCAGGAGGAGGCGAGGGAGAUGGAGCCACGAGUGCAGUGCCAUGCUGCGCUGCUGUCGCCCCACACUGGCAUCGUGGACACACAUGCGCUCAUGCUCGCUCUUCAGGCAGAGGCAGAAGCAGCAGAGAAAAAUAGAUUCGACCCAGAUCCCACAGACCGCACACGUUUCACAGGAGCCCACGACGCAACAUCCCAACUUCCUCCCCUGCACCUGCCUGCCCUCUACCUCGCUCGGGGACACUACUUUGCUUGUUCUGGCCCACCGCCCUUCUCCCGCCUCGUCUAUCCGCUGCCAGAGCCGGGGGGGUUGGGAGUGCAUGCCACGGUGGACCUGGCCGGUCGAGUGCGGUUCGGCCCCGACGUGCAGUGGUUGGACUCGGUUCCGCUCUCUGCUGCUCACGGCAUGCCGAUCAGCUAUGACUAUUCUGUGGACCCACAAAGGGCUGAAUCAUUCUACUCUGCGAUCCGCAAAUACUAUCCGACACUGGCGGAUGGCUCUCUGCAUGCCGGCUAUGCCGGCAUUCGCCCCAAACUCACCGCCCCGGGGGAACCUGCUGCUGACUUCGUGAUUCAGACCCACGCCACGCACGGCAUGCCAGGCCUCAUCCACCUUCUCGGUAUAGAGUCUCCAGGGCUCACCUCGUGUCUUGCCAUUGGCGACCAUGUGAAGCACCUGCUGUAG